AUGCCGGAUGAAGGAGAAUUAAAGGAGAGUCCCGAGCAGACGACAACGCAGGCCAUACCUUUUUUGCCUGCAGUAUUGCCCGGAGCAACAAAUGGCAACGAAAUAGCACGUGUCACCGUGGAGUCGCAAUUUGUUGCAGCGGGAAUCAGCAGCGACCAGUCGAAAUAUCACACAGUGGUAGCCGCUAUAGAAAGCGGCGUACUCGCGCAAAUUAGUGACUUAAUACUACAUCCACCAUCUAGCGAUAUGUACCAAACAUUAAAAAAGCGUAUUCUAGAGCAAUUUUCGGAUUCGGAACAAAAACGAAUCAAGAAAUUGUUGCAAGACCUUGAACUAGGUGACAUGAGGCCGUCACAUUUGCUACGUGAAAUGCGUCUGCUGGCAGGUACUGAAAUGAACGACAGCAUGCUGAGAUCGAUUUGGCUUAGCAGAUUGCCACAGAACGUGCGCUCCAUCAUAUCUAUUAGUAACGAGCCGCUUGACAAGGUUGCUUUGUUGGCAGAUAAAAUUAUUGAGGUUAGCGACAGCCCGCAGAUACACGCGGUAGCAGCACGAAGCGACGACGGGCAGUCUGAAAUUUUUCGGAAGAUGGCGGCGCUAACAAAAGAGGUAGCCGAACUGAAAGCUAAGUUUCAACAGCGUGGUAGGCAAACACGUCGGUCGGCCUCCCGAGGACGCUCAUGUACACCCAACAAAGGCGACAGCAUUUGA